AUGCAGCUUCCUACGUGGUGGCUGGGGACCUGUCUGUGGUUGCUGUGCAUUACGGGGGUCUGGACAGCGACUUUUAAGCUGGCUGUGAUUGGUCCGUGGUCAUGUGACCCCAUGUUCUCCCGGGCAAUGCCAACUGCAGCAGCCAACCUGGCACUGUCACGGUUACGGAGUGACAGCAGUCUGAGCAGAGGAUACCGUUAUGAUGUGAAAUUGCUAGAGGAGGACUGCUCCGCCUCCAAAGCUCUGACAGAACUCGGGGACAUGGAGGGUUAUGGACAUGCCUACAUCGGACCCUUUAACCCCGCCCUCUGUCAAGCUGCUUCCCUAUUGGCUCAGCAUUGGGAGGUUGGACUUGCUUCUCCAGGCUGUCUGGAUGCUGACUGGUUGAACCUCCCUCCCAUCACACCGCCGAGCAGAGUCCUGUUCACUGUGCUCAGGUUCUUCCGCUGGGCGCAUGUUGCCAUCGUCUCAGCUCCAACCGACCUAUGGGAGGGCACUGGAGAAGAACUGGCGUCGGCGCUCAGAGCUCAGGGGCUGCCAAUUGGUCCAGUGGUUACCAUGGAAACAAGGAACAAGGGUGGACCACGGGAGGCACUCAAAGUGAUCAGAGAGGCGGACAAGGUCAAAGUUGUAAUCAUGUGCAUGAGCUCCGUCCUGAUUGGUGGGGAGGAUCAGAGAGACCUCCUACUGGCUGCUCUGGACAUGGGGAUGGUUUCUGACGGUUACGUGUUUAUUCCAUAUGAUGCCCUGCUGUAUGCCAUGCCAUACCAGGACACAAUAUUCCCUCAGCUGGCCAAUAGCACGCAACUUCGUCACGCCUACAGCUCUGUUCUGACUGUUACCAUGGCGUCUGACCAGAGUUUCUAUGAAGCUUUUCGUCAGGCUCAAAUCAACCGAGAGAUCCGGUCUGCUGUGGCCGCAACUCAGGUGUCUCCGAUCUUUGGGACCAUCUUCAACAUGGUUUACUACGUUGCUAAGGCGGUGGAGGAGCGUCGCCAGGCAGGUAGUGGGCGCUGGGUGACGGGUCAUCAGCUCAUCCAAUCAGAUGGAGGCUUUGAUUUCCAGGGAUUCAAUCAGGUGUUGUAUGGUGGUAAAGAGGGACAUGGCCUGCAGGCCAGGUAUUUGGUGUUGGGCUGUGAUGGCGACCGACUCUUGCCGACACACUCGCUCGCCCCGACACACACCGAUGGGCCGGUCGGAGGUCUGAUGCCGCUGAGUCACUCCUUCAUCUUCCCUGGAGGAAAACCACCCUCUGCCAGCUUCUGUUGGUUCAAUCCAGAGGAGGCCUGCAGUGGCGGGUUGGACAUGGGGACGAUAUUCUUCAUCUUCCUGUUGCUCUGCGCUCUGAUUGGAGCUUUUUUCUACUGGAUCAGAAACUACAAGAGACCCAUGAACACCAACAAACUCAUCCUGAGUCUGGACGACAUUGUCUUCAUCGACACCCAAGUCAGCAGGAAGAAACUGAAUGACGAGUCGAUCAUGAGGAGUCUCCUGGAAAUUAAAACUCCGUUUCGCUCACUUGCUCGAAGUUACAUCCUGACGACACCUGAGAGCUCCAACAUCGGAAUACUGGAGGGCGACUGGGUUUGGCUGAAGAAGAUUCCCGUUGAAAGGACGGUAACAGCUGUGAAACAGAGCACCCAGAAUCUUUUCGGCCAGUUGAGGGAGAUGCGACACGAGAACCUGAACCUAUACGUGGGUCUCUUCUUGGACUCGGGGAUCUUUGCUCUGGUAGUUGAACAUUGUCCUAGAGGAAGUCUGGCCGACCUGCUGGCCGACAGCAACAUGAGACUGGACUGGAUGUUCAAAUCCUCCCUGCUCAUGGACCUCAUCAAGGGGAUGAAAUAUCUUCAUCUUCGAGGGUUGAGUCAUGGCCGUCUCAAGUCCACCAACUGUUUAGUGGAUGGACGCUUCGUUCUGAAGAUCACUGACUACGGACUUCCCAUGAUUCUUCACUCUCAGAACUUCCACCUUCCUGAAGACCCACAAGAGCUGCUGUGGACAGCUCCAGAGCUCUUGAGGAAGCCUGUUCGUGGCGGAUCAUUUGCUGGAGACGUCUUCAGUUUCUCCAUCAUCAUACAGGAAGUCAUCUCAAGAACGAUGCCGUACGCCAUGAUGGACAUGCCUGCCCAUGAGAUAUUGGAGCGUCUGAAGGAGCCCCCCCCUCUCUGCAGGCCGCUGGUUUCAGUGGAUGAAGCUCCUGCUGAAUGUCUCAGUUUGAUGAAUGAAUGUUGGAAUGAAGAUCCGAGUAAGCGGCCGAGUUUCGAUGACAUCUUCAAACAGUUCCGGGGCAUCAACAGAGGGAAGAGGGCGAACAUCAUCGACUCCAUGCUGCGGAUGUUGGAGCAGUACAGUUCGAACCUGGAGGAUCUGAUCAGAGAGCGAACAGAUGAGCUGGAGGUUGAGAGAAACAAGACAGAGAAGCUGGUGGGACAGCUCCUACCAAAGUCUGUGGCUCAGGCUCUGAAGAAAGGGAAGCCGGUCCGACCUGAACAUUAUUCAGACUGCACUCUUUACUUCAGUGACAUCGUCGGAUUUACGACCAUCUCAGCUCUCAGUGAACCCAUCGAGGUAGUCGACCUGCUCAAUGACCUGUACACCAUGUUUGAUGCCAUCAUAGCGACUCAUGAUGUCUACAAGGUAGAGACCAUUGGGGAUGCCUACAUGGUGGCUUCAGGUGUCCCCAACAGAAAUGGGACUCGACACGCGGCUGAAGUUGCCAACAUGUCACUGGAUAUCCUUCACUCUAUAGCAGCUUUUAAGAUCAAACACAUGCCGGAGAUCAAAGUCAAGAUACGCAUUGGACUGCAUUCAGGUGCAGUGGUAGCAGGUGUGGUUGGCCUCACGAUGCCCCGGUAUUGUCUGUUUGGAGACACGGUCACCACAGCAUCACAUAUGGAAGCCAGCGGACUGCCCUACAGGAUCCACAUCAGUCUGAGUACAGUGAAGGUCCUGACCAGUCUCAAACUGGGAUACCGUAUUGACACCAGAAAGUCACAGGUGAAAGGCACAGUGGACACAUACUGGCUGACCGGCAGAGAUGGUUUUGAUAAACCUCUUCCUGUUCCUCCAGACCUCACUGGAGGGGCCAGUAAUCAUGGUAUCAGUCUGGAUGAGAUUCCAAUUGAAAGAAGACAAAAGUUUCUGGACAGACAAAAGAUAAAGAAAUGAUCCCAACACAGACGCCCGCACACACACACACACACACACACACACACACACACACACACUACCUCGAGGACUGGACUUUGCUUUAAAGGACAUUUUAUCAGCUUGUAAUUAGUCAAAACUUGUUAAAAUGUGAUUGGAGUUCUGAAACGACUUCUGAUGUGACCAAUCAGCAUGGACCAUACUCUACUUCCUGUUUGUAGUUGGAGGACAUGCUAAUCCCAGCUCUGACAUCCUAUCAUCACAUUUCUUUUUCUGUGCCUGACAUGGUCUGUGAUAGAUUAUACAGUGAUACUGUCUGUAUAUGGCAACAUUAUCUGUGGACAGUUACAGUAUGUGUGCAGUCAUAUACCCAACUAAGAGAAUGAAAACAUUCAUGACUCACCCUGUUAUCUAAUCAAACUGCACAUGUACAGUUUGAUAUGACCUGCAGUGCAUGUUGGGAAAACUACUUGUUACAGAACAAAAGAAUGUCUGAAAGAAUGAAGGUAAAUGUUAUGAGGCUCUUCCAUCAUAUCCUCUCAAUAUUUUGUUGAGUGAAGUGAUCAAUUUCUGAUAAUCAGUAAUCAGUGUAACUUACAUUAUGUUGUUGUUGUUGUUGUUGUUGAUGAUGAUAAAUAAAAGAA